AAGUUAUUAUUAGUGUUUGUGAUUUUGUGUGGACGCAGUUUUAAUUAAAGAUGUAUCACCAGCCCGUAAAUGAAGGCUUCGCCAUCAACACCAGCGCCCCUGGCGCCGAGACCAUGGAAAUAGCUGUCAGGGAAUUAAGGGAAACCCCUGAAGUCCGUCAAGCUGCAAUUGUAGAACUAAGACAACUUUUAUCAGAAGCUAAAGAUUUGUGCUACAGAGACGACGAUGAAUUUCUUGUCAUUUUCUUGAGACCUUGCAAAUUUUAUGCCAAGAGCGCUCUGGAACUGAUGCGUCGCAUUGCCCAAUUCCGAAAAGAUUACAACUCAAUUUUGGACAAUUUGAUGCCAGAAGACGAAAGAGUUGCCUUUUGUGACAACGAUGUUGUCAACGUUUUGACCAACAGGGAUCAACUCGGCAGAAGAGUGCUUAUUGUAAAUGCAGGAGGUAAAUGGGAUCCCAAAAAAGUAUCAUCUGACCAAAUGUUUCGCAUGUUCUACCUGAUUCACGAAGCAGCAAUGUUAGAACCAGAAACCCAAAUUAGAGGAGUAGUCUGCAUUAUGGACUUUGAAGGAUUGGGCAUGAAACAGGUAACUUCUAUGUCUCCUGCUUUCUCCAUGAGACUAUUAAGUUUCAUCCAGGACGCGAUGCCACUUAGGAUGAAGGAAGUGCACUUCGUAAAACAACCUUUGAUUUUCAACAUGGUUUGGAAGAUGUUCCAACCAUUCGUGAAGGAAAAGUUGAGGAAAAGGUUAUUCUUCCACGGCAGCAAAAUGGAAGAACUACACAAGUACAUCUCACCAUCCCAUUUGCCUCAAAACUACAAAGGCCAAUUGCCGUCCAUAGAUUACGGCGGUAAGGACUGGUAUCCUGUGAUCACCAAGUACGAGGAUCAUAUUAGGAAGUGGAAUUCUUAUGGAUUCAGUAAGAAGUAAUUCAAAUAGAAAUAGGUAAAGGAUAAUGGAUAUAAAGUCUUGAAUGGACU